UUUUUAUUCGCAUUCUUUCUUUAACGACACCGUUACGUUCAACUUCUCGACAAAUCUCCACAAACUACUACUACUUCCUUAUCCCGUUUAACGUUCCAAUCAAACAACAUGCGUGCCUCUACCAUCAUUGCUCUCGCUCUCCUUGCCGCCGCCAACCCCGCUCUUGCCGCCCCAGUCAGGAGGGGGCUGACGUUCGGUGACAUCGAAGACAUCGGAAGCAUCGCUGUCGGCCUUGGUACUGCCGCUGAUACGGUCUAUGACGAGUAAGUUCCU